AUGAGCCAAAAACCCCCGCCGUCCGGCCUCACUUCCAGCCAAUCGAGCAGUAGCAAAAAGGACAAGGAGCAGUCGGAUGUUCCGUUCGCACGAGAGAUCGUGCUGCCCGAGAAGCAUCCGAGAGUCCGAUGGCAUAGUAAACUGUCGGUGGGAGUGAGCAGGUGAGAGAAUCUAGUGGGACCAACUCAUAGUUUUUUUUCCAGAAAUCUCCUAGAAGUCGGAAUGUUCCUCCUCUUACUGGCAGUCUUCUUUCUGAUGGGACCCUCCCUCAUCUCCUACAUGUACCCGGAUAUUGUUCUUCCGUUCGCUCCGAAAUUGGGUUCGCAUUAGAGCGCAUUUGCAUUUCCAUCAACACGAUGCGCCUCUUCAGAAUGGAAAUGUUCGCCGCUCCAAAAGUACCAAUCCAUCGACACUGCUAAUAUCGUGCUGGAGACCAACUUGAUGGCGACGUCUCCUCUCAAAAUACAGUACGGAGAAUCACAUCAAAUGUCAAACUUCCCUCUCUUUUUAUAGAAUCAUCAUGAAACCCAAGUCGACCAAUAAGUUUGCCUCUUUCGAAGACCUCGAGAAGAUUCUGCUCGUCGUCGAUGACUGCGGAUUCGAUGAGCACGACGACAACGUCAUCUUGUGCCGACCAUUCUGUGAGCUUCAAACUCUCGGAUUCAGAGAUCUCUGGGUUUUCAGCGAACUUCGGGCCGAGACCUACGUUCAAGGAAUACGUGAGCAUGGCGGAAACUUGUUAUCAUUACAUCAGACAGAUCACUCGGAAGGCGAAGAUCAUCGGAUACGGCAGAGGAAUCGCGGCGAAGUGAGGAGGAUGCUCUAUGAUUCUCUAAAACCGAUAUUUUUGUAGCGUUCUCCUCUCGGCAGCGGCCAAUCUCCGAAAUGACAACUGUUUCACGUUCAGCAAUCUGUACCUGGACAAUCCGAUUCCCAACAUUCGAGCCGAGUUCGACAAGAGCGGAUGGAUCAAUCUGGUAUAAAGAUCCUGGAUUCUAUCCAAAUAUUAUCCAAUUCCAGGCGUACCUGAUCUCGGGCUUCCGCGAAAAGUUCAUUAAUGACGCGAUCAGCGAGCACGGGUAUCAUCUGGCGGAUCUCGAGAAAAAUGUGAAAAGGCAAGAGGACUGAUGAACUUCGGGAAGGAUUCUUUGUUUUAGAGUGGGAAAGACUCCGAUCACGAUCAUCACCGACAAGAACUAUCAAACGAUGUACGGGAAUCUGAAGGGGAAAGUGAAGCAGGGAACGAUCGGAGACGUUGGGAACGAGAUGAUGCGACAACUCCAGGCACCGCCGUCCUUCUUCCGCCACGAGACCGAGGAGAACUGCGCGAGAAAGCUGAAUAAGACGGUACUUCCUCUGAUAUCUAUGUGA